AUGAGGAUGAAAGCAGCUCUGAAGGGGAAGCGCCACCCGGUCCAAUGCUUCUUGAGUAUCACCCAUCCUGGCAUAAUCGUCGCGAGUCACCGCCACGGAGAGAAAUACUCUCCCAUCAUUACUCCCGUUCUUACUCCCGGCAUCGCUCCCGUUCUUACUCUCGGCGUCGCUCUCGUUCUUACUCCCGGCGUCGCUCCCGUUCUGACUCCGGUUCUGGCUCCGGUUCUCCCUCCGGUUCUGACACCGGUUCUGACACCGGUUCUGACUCCGGCUCUCCCUCCCGUUCUCCCUCCCGUUCUCACUCCGGUUCUUACUACCGUUCUUACUACCGUUCUCGCUUCCGUCAUCCCCCCCGUUCUUACUACCGUUCUUACUACCGUUCUCGCUUCCGUCCUCCCCCCCGUUCUUACCACCGUUCUUACUACGGUUCUCACUUCCGUCCCCCCUCCCAUUUUUACUCCGGUUCUAGCUCACGUUCUCGCUCCCCUCGUCUAUAUCCUGGCGUCCCGGUCUUCCGCCGCGCCUUCGGAUGGCACUGGAAAAACACUCGAGACGGGGGGUUUUGAUGCCUUCAACGCUGAUGGCGGGCGCCACGUACUCAGCUUUCGUCUAGACAUACGUGCAGAUGGUGCAGUGGUUGCUCCUAAAGCACCACUUAGGGUGAACACCCUGCGAACUACUCACCCGGAAGCUCAGAAACCUGUAGUCGAGGAUAUCAAUAUACUAUCGGCUAUGAGCUAUGAUGAUGACGACAAUGGACCAACGGUCCAUCUUACUUAUAAACCCGACAUUGGGGGCGAUGAAGGGAAGGCAAAGAGCUUUAUAUUCUGGAGGCAUGUCAGGCGGGACAUGUUGGAUAUGAAUGAGUUUGGACAAUUAGCAAUGAGAAUCCCUAACAUAUCCGACGAUAUGAAACUCCUUACCCUUCAACUGUUGGACAAGGUGGCUUCAAACCUGAUCAAGCCGUUUUGUGGAGGUAGCUACGACGAGCCACGAGCAUACCGUUACGAUGGUCGAAAGCUCGAUGCAAUCGAUCAACCUGACCUAACCGUGACAUGGGUCUCAUUUCCAUAUUUGACCCUCAUCGAUCCCGACACUAUCCGGCCAGAAAAGUCUUUCAGUGCACCUUUACACCCCCCAAGAACGUUGCUGCAGACAUUGUACGAUAAUGAGCCAAUUUCAGGACGAGACUCGGAACAGGUCUUCACCACAGGACUCAAGGAUUCAGGCCACAAAACUCUUCACGUUGCUCAUGUUUGGUUCUUGGUUUUUGGACAGGAUGCUGUUCUCUCCUACGGACCCAUGCAUCUGGUCGACCUCUUUUCCAACAAAGUCAAACGAACUCCUGAGAAAAAUGAAACGCCAGAAAUACUGAAAAUCGUCGACCCACAAAGGCGGCAGUACUUCAUCCCGCUUGCAAACUGUAGUAAUUUUUUGACAUUUCGAACAAUUGUCACCAAAGAGUGCGUGAGCCUGAUCCCGUUGAAUUUCGAAGACUCUCUUUUUCUGUUUCAUGAGGGAACAACCCAACUGACAAGCUCCACCUGGCUCGAUCUCCUCUGUGCCAAGUCCUCGAUUGUCACCAUUGAAAUCGCCCACAAGAACAUUAGCAAGGCUGCCAAUGCAGUUCCAAAGAUUGGGAAUGAACACAGUGACAGUUCAUCGUCGGAGGGUGAAGAGAUGGCUCCUGUCCCUGUCAUACGACCUAAAUUCGUCACAUCUAGUACAGGCACACACGCAGUGAUGUUAGCACCGCGAGACGCUGUGAAAACGAGUCUCGACGGGCAAAGGCAGAAUCGGCAUUCAAAGAGAGAAAGUGCCGAAGCAGAUAUGCUUAGCUCUCUCGAAAGAAAGGGCUACAUUGUCAAUGACAUGGAGUCCUUGAAGAAACCGCACGAGAUCAAAUUCUUUCGUCCUAUUUCAGACAUUCAGAACAUGGUGAAAACUGAGGCUACUUCUCCUCAGGGUGACCAAAAUAGUGGUACGGAGAUUCCGACAGACAAUACCGAUGGAGAGAAGAAGGCAUCGCCGAGUGCUUUCAAAAGGGACGAGCCUCAAACGGGGUCAAAUCGUCCUGGUAAAUAUCGACCGCCCGGCACCUAUCUGGGUAGAGAGAGCAUGAUCCCUUUUUUCAAUUGGUCACCUGAUGCAAUAGGUCAAGGCCCAUCUACAACACCGGUAUCCAGCACCGAAGCUGGUGACGGCGGCACAAAGUUUCUGAACCAGGUCCUCAAUGAAGAAAGACGCGACAAGAUGGACAAUAUUCACCAAAUAAUGUUGGUGAAGAACUCUUUCAGCAUCAAAAGUUCCAUCUAG